UCUCUCCCUCCCCCCCUCUCUCUCCUCCCUCCCCUCGCCUGCUAAUUUUUUAUGCAUUUUUCUAAACUGUCAUGGCGAUUUUGUGUCCUUGGAAAUAAAAGAAGCGCCAGUGUGUUUUUUUUUUCGGGGCUAACCGGGAGAGAGAGAGAGAGAGAGAGAGAGGAUGUGCCGCCGGUGAGAGCGUGUGUCCGGUGUCCGGAGCAGAUGCAGUGACGGGAUAGAAGAUGAAAAUACACAAGAAGGACAAGCAGCAGAUGUUCACUGGCCUCCUGAAGCACACGCCACCUUCGGCCUCCGCUGCAGCAGCCUCCUCCUCUGCCUCGGACCAAAACAGCAAGGCACAAACCACACUUCCCACAAUCCCACGGGGACACCUGGUCGUGGGCCCCAAGGACCAGCUCCGCCUCCUCACCCCCGUGGGCAGCACGGCGACGUCCAAUCACUGCGCGGUGGCCGGGGCCCACGCCGCUAAGCACUCCGGAGGAGCCCCGCGACCUCCUUCCUCCCUGAGCGAGGAGGACGAUGGAGGAGGAGGAGGAAGGGUGAAGAAGAAACGGAAGAAAAAGGACAAGAGAGAACGGGAGAAAGGAGGUGGGGACGUGGGGGAAACCGAAAGCAGCAAACCAAAGAAACGAAAGGAGGAGAAGGAGGUGACGGUGGUCACACUGAGGAAGGGCAAGGAGCCCAAGGAAGGCAAGGAGCGAAAGGAUCGUAGGACCAAGGGGAAGGAGGGCAGGAAAGGGAGCGGGACAGAGCUGAAGAAUGUGGCAGGGGGGAAAGCGGCAGGGGCCGCAGUGGCCCCCGGACCAGCUCAGGUGCCUGUUAAGGUGCCCGGCAAAAGAGGAAGAAAACCGAAGGUCAAAGUCCUACCUCCUGUACCCACGAAUCAAGCACCUCCUCCUACCCCUGGCCUCCACUCUAAGGUCGCAGGGCAGGUCCAUGGCAAGAACCAUGGUCGGGCCAACAGCAAGACCCCAGUCCCCUCAGCGCCAAAACAGAGGGGCCGCAAACCCAGAGAUCCUGGCGCAGCGCCGGUGGAGAAGAAGAAGAAGGGAAAGAGGAGAAACCAGGAGCUGGCUGUCCAGGAGGGGGCGGAGAGUGACGACACUACCUCAAUGUCAGCCCUCAAUAUGGGUGGAGAGGACAGCCAAGACCCUCUGGAUAACGCGAAGCGGCGUUCGGGACGUCAGGUCAAGAGGAGGAAGUAUAACGAGGAUUUGGACUUUAAGGUGGUAGACGACGAUGGGGAGACGAUCGCAGUUCUCGGAGCCGGCCGCAUCUCAGCGCUCAAUGCCACUGCGCUGGCCUGGCAGGCUGAGGAACCACCUGAGGACGAGGCCAACAUCAUUGAGAAAAUUCUGUCUGUCAGAAUAGCAAAGAAAGAGACUUCAGAGGACCAAGCAGAGGAGACAGAGGAAUUUUAUGUCAAGUACAGAAAUUUUUCCUACCUGCACUGCAAAUGGGCCACUCUGGAAGAGCUGGAGAAAGAUCCCAGAAUCCACCAGAAGAUUAAACGCUUCAGGACCAAACAGGCCCAGAUGAAACACCUGUUCACCGAGCCCGAUGAGGACUUAUUUAAUCCAGACUAUGUUGAGGCAGACAGAGUGCUGGAGGUGGCUGUUACCACAGAUACUGAGACUGGAGAGGAGGUGACCCAUUACCUCGUUAAGUGGUGCAGUCUCUCAUACGAGGAGGCGACGUGGGAGCUGCAGGAGGACUUGGACCCAGAGAAGAUCAAAGAGUUUGAGGAGAUCCAGAAGCUGCCGCCAGAUCUCAGACACAUGGAGCGUCCUCCUCCAGAAAAAUGGCAGAAGUUGGAGCACUCCAAAGAUUACCGCAAUGGAAACCAGCUCAGAGAAUACCAGUUGGAGGGAAUGAACUGGUUACUGUUCAACUGGUACAACAGAAAAAACUGCAUACUAGCAGAUGAGAUGGGUUUGGGGAAGACCAUCCAGUCCAUCACCUUCCUGCACGAGAUCUUCAACAUGGGGAUCCGCGGCCCCUUCCUCAUCAUCGCCCCCCUGUCCACCAUCACCAACUGGGAGAGGGAGUUUCGCACGUGGACCCACAUGAACGUCAUCGUGUAUCACGGCUCGCAGAUCAGCCGGCAGAUGAUCCUGCAGUACGAGAUGUUUUACAGAGACCCACAGGGCAACACCAUCCCUGGGGUGCUGAAGUUUCAAGGUGUCAUCACCACCUUCGAGAUGAUCAUGGCCGACUGUCCGGAGCUGAAGAAGCUCCACUGGCGCUGCGUGGUGAUCGACGAAGCCCACCGACUGAAAAACAGGAACUGCAAACUGCUGGAGGGACUUAAACUCAUGAACCUGGAACACAAGGUUCUGCUGACAGGAACCCCUCUGCAGAACUCAGUGGAGGAGUUGUUCAGCCUGUUGAAUUUCCUGGAGCCGCUUCAGUUUCCUUCAGAAAGCCUUUUCCUGGAGGAAUUUGGAGACCUGAAAACAGAUGAACAGGUGAAGAAGCUUCAGGCCAUUUUGAAGCCCAUGAUGUUGAGGAGACUGAAGGAUGAUGUAGAAAAAAACCUGGCACCCAAAGAAGAGACCAUCAUAGAGGUGGAGCUGACCAACAUUCAGAAGAAAUACUACCGAGCCAUCUUAGAGAAGAACUUCUCCUUCCUAUCCAAAGGAGCGAACCAGCACAACAUGCCCAACCUCAUUAACACCAUGAUGGAGCUCCGCAAGUGCUGCAACCACCCCUACCUUAUCACAGGAGCGGAGGAGAAGAUUCUGGAAAGCUUCAGGAAGUGCCACAGUCCAGAUGCGCUCGACUUCCAGCUGCAGGCCAUGAUCCAGGCAGCCGGUAAACUGGUGCUUAUCGACAAGCUGCUGCCCAAACUGCUGGCCGGGGGACACAAAGUCCUGGUCUUCUCCCAGAUGGUCCGCUGUCUGGACAUCCUGGAGGACUACCUCAUACAGAGACGCUACGCGUACGAACGCAUCGACGGUCGUGUGCGAGGGAACCUGCGGCAGGCCGCCAUCGACAGGUUCUGCAAGCCGGACUCGGACCGCUUCGUUUUCCUGCUCUGCACCAGAGCCGGAGGGCUGGGAAUCAACCUGACGGCUGCAGAUACCUGCAUCAUAUUCGACUCAGACUGGAACCCCCAGAAUGACCUGCAGGCCCAGGCACGCUGCCAUCGGAUUGGCCAGAGCAAAGCGGUGAAAGUCUACAGACUGAUCACUAGGAAUUCUUACGAGAGGGAAAUGUUUGACAAGGCCAGUCUGAAGCUGGGAUUGGACAAGGCCGUUCUCCAAGACAUCAACCGCAAAGGAAGCCUCAACGGGGUGCAGCAGCUCUCUAAGCUAGAAGUGGAGGAUUUGUUGAAAAAAGGAGCAUACGGAGCGCUAAUGGACGAAGAAGACGAGGGCUCCAAGUUCUGCGAGGAAGACAUUGAUCAGAUACUUCAGAGACGAACUCAGACCAUCACCAUCCAGUCUGAAGGGAAAGGGUCAACGUUUGCUAAGGCCAGUUUCAUCUCAUCUGGUAACAGAACGGACAUUUCUCUGGACGACCCCAACUUCUGGCAGAAAUGGGCCAAGAUCGCAGAGGUGGAGAUCGACUCCAAAUCCGAGAAGGAGUCCUUGGUGAUCGACACGCCUCGGGUGAGGAAGCAGACUCGUCACUACAACUCCUUCGAGGACGACGAGCUGAUGGAGUUCUCAGAGCUGGAUAGCGACUCAGAGGAGCGGCCGUGCAGGACUCGCCGCCUGGGCGAGCGCAGCCGGCGGUACCUCCGUGCCGAGUGCUUCCGGGUUGAGAAGAAUCUGCUCAUCUUCGGGUGGGGUCGGUGGAAGGACAUCUUAAACCACGGUCGGUUUAAAUGGCACCUGGCAGAGAGAGACAUGGAGGUGAUCUGUAGGGCUCUGCUUGUUUACUGCCUGAGACACUACAAAGGUGAUGAUAAGAUCAAGAGCUUCAUCUGGGACCUGAUCACACCCACCAAGGAAGGCCAGGACCAGGCGUUGCUCAAUCAUUCUGGUCUAUCUGCCCCAGUUCCUCGGGGUCGGAAGGGGAAGAAGCUGAAGAAUCAGCUGAAUGUUCCUGAGGUGAAGAACGCUGACUGGCUGGUCCACUGUAACCCCGAGGUGGUUCUUCAGGACGAGAGCUACAAGAAACACCUCAAACAACACUGCAACAAGGUGCUACUGAGGGUGCGGAUGUUGUACUACUUAAAGGUGGAGGUUUUGGGUGAGGCUGCCAAUCAAGCUCCUGAGGGAAUACCUGCCAGUAAACUUGAGGUAUCACUACCCGACAUCGACUACAUAGAGAUUCCAGCUUCAUGGUGGGACGCAGAUGCUGACAAGUCUCUCCUCAUUGGAGUCCACAAACACGGCUACGAGCGGUACAACGCCAUGCGUGCGGAUCCAGACCUGUGUUUCCUGGAGAGAGUGGGAAUGCCAGACGUCACAGCGCUGUCGGCUGAACAGGGAGGAGGGGAGGGGGUCCCCGACAUGGCUGACAGCGUCUGCAAAACUGAGGAGGCGAAGGACGACACUGAAAGCAAAGCUGAUGGAGGGGAGGACAGAGACGAGAGCAGCAAGGGAGAGGAAACCUGCUCCAGCACAGAUACCUCAGACAAGCCUGACAGUACAGGUCCAGACUCCCAGAUGUCAGGUGACUUGUGCGCCCAGGAUGGAACAUUGGUCACCACGACGACAACAGGAACAGGCACCGGGGUUGCGUCGCUCCACGUCGUCCAAGCCCGGCCCCUCUGGCCCACUGGCCCCGCCUUGACGGCCCGUCUACGCCGCCUGAUCACUGCCUACCAGCGCUUCACGCUGCGCCGCGAGCCGCUGCUCAGGCACGACUUCAUGCUUCACGACGGCCUCGUUGGCAUGGGGAUGGGAGGAGCUGGAGCCGCUCACAGUCAUCACGCUGGUGGGCCGCUGGCAUGGCAACUGGGUGAAGAGCUGAGGCGGUGUUCUGUGGUCGCAACAGAGCCUGACCCCCUUUUUCUGGAGUGGCAGAGGAGGUGGACUCGUCGAGAACAAGCCGAUUUUUACCGCACUGUGUCGUCGUUUGGGGUGGUGUACGACUCGGAGAGGAAAACCUUCGACUGGUCCCAGUUCAGAGCACUGGCCCGACUGGAGAGGAAGACGGACGAGAGUUUGGAGAGAUACUUCAACUCGUUCGUCAACAUGUGUCGGACAGCCUGUAAACUGCCUCCAAGGAAGGAAGAAGGUUUGGUGGAUCCAGCUGUGCUUGUAGAGCCUCUGACAGAAGAGAGAGCUGCCCGGACUUUAUACCGCAUCGAGCUGCUCCGAAAGAUCAGAGAGCAGGUUCUCCGUCACCCAUUAAUGUCGGCCCGCCUCCAGCUGUGCCGCCCCUCCCUCUACCUCCCAGUCUGGUGGGAGUCUGGCAAACACGACCGUGACCUCCUCAUCGGGGCUGCACGCCACGGCUUGAGUCGCACCGACUUCUACAUCCUGAACGACCCCCAGCUGAGCUUCCUGGAGGCUCACAGGAACUACGUCAGGGGACACCCCUCUCAUCUUCAUCCUCAAAGUCAUCAUCACGCUCACCAUCCGGGCCUGGCGACUCAUCCCGGCAUCUCGUCUUCUUCCUCCUCCUCCUCCUCCUCCUCCUCGUCUCAUCCGCAGCUGCCUCACCCUCACUGCUGUCUGUAUGAUUCCGGCCACUCCCCCCAGCCUCCUGAAUAUCCCCACCAGUCCUCUCACCACCACCAUCAUCAUCACCAGCAUCACCCGGCGCCAACAUCGGCUCCGUCUCCUUCCUCCUCCUCUCACCCCCACCUCCACCCUCCGCCAUUGGAUGCCCACAAUUCUUCCUCACCGAGUCUGGGAAUAGUUCCUGGGUCACGGGGAGAUUUCCUCGACUGUCCUCCUUUGGAUGAAACUCUGGAGCUUGGUUCGCUGCACCAUGACGCCAUGUCUGCAGAAGCUUUACAUGGAGGGAAGGCAUCCAAAGACGCCCUCAACGGGUUCCCAUUCAAUUCAGCCACAGGAGGUCAAAGCAUGCUCAAUUCGUACGGUGUUGGGGGAACAGACCUUGAUUCAAAACUAAGGAGUGACGUGCUUGUUGGUGAGCAGGGCUCCUCAGAGGAAACCGGACUGAUGGCACCGUCAGUGGAGCUGGAUCAGUUACAGGCUCCCUGGGACGGCACAGACCACUCCAGUCCAGCUCACCACAUGUUCAAUGAAUCUGAUCCAAUCCUGGGUCCUUCCACUCUGGAGACUGGCUUCCUGGAGGAAGAGGACGAGGAGACACAGGGGGGAGACAGAGGAGGGGAGGCAGGUGGAACUCUGGAGGAGUGUUUGGGCCUCCCGCCCUCAUCCUCUCCUUCCCACCCCUCUGCGGAAGAUUCUGUUGAGCCGCUGUCCUCAAGUUACAUGCUCUUCAAGGAAAUUGGUGUGAGCGAGGAGCCCAGCGCAGAUCAAACUGACCUGUCAGCGAGUCCCCCUCCUCCCUAUGUACCCCCUCCUCCCCUCUCUCUGUCUGACAUCACUGCCCAUGAGCCGCAGGAUAGGCUGGGCCACUCUGACGUCGCUGAGAGCCUGACCAAUCCUGUGGGGGAAGGAGAGGGCCAGGAAGGAGGCGCAGAGUUCGAGUUUGAUGACAAAGAGGAAGACGAAGUGGAAGACUUAUCUAUAGCCACCAUGGAGCAGAACAAACUAAGAAAUCAAAGUCUGGACAAUGAGGAGUGUGAUGAAGACCAAGGUGCAGACCAGAGUUUGGGAGUCUUGAAUCCACCCAUGGAGGUACCACAGAUGGAUGGGAUAGAGCCAGAGCCGGGCCUCAGGGAACAGGACGAGAGGAUGGAGGUCUCAAACCAACUUUCUCAAGACCUCCAGGAAAGCUUUGACCAAGCAGAGCAUAAAGAGGAGUUACCGCAACAUGUGCACCCUUAUCUUGGGAAGCUGGGGCAGGAGGGCAGCCUUGCGUGUCCCGUGUCUAUUGAAGUGCCUGGGGAGGAAGUGGAUGGGUUGAUUUUGUAUCAAACAGUAGAGGAAGACACAAUGGAAAGCUCUCUUGACGCUGAAACGUUAAUGGGAGACGCAGCUGGAGAGUUUGUACGAGUGGGAGGAAUUCCAGAAGAUUCCAGAGAGGAUGGUUCAGGGGAUCUUGCAGAUCAAGUGGAUGAGAUCUCAGAAGGGCAGAUGGAUCACGUUUCUCUCAUGGAUGUUUCAGUGGUUCAACCCUGUGAUGACGCAGCAGAAAAGGCUGUGAAACAACAUGUCGCCAAACCAAAUGAGAUGGAGCUGGAGAGCAUUUACUCAGAAUACACACAGCCCUCCUGCCCUACUACUUCUGUCUCAUCGCCUGCAGUCCCAUCAAAGUCUGAUGAAAGCACCACAGACAGCAGCGGCGGAGCUGGAGUCAAAACUGAAGUGUCCAUGGAUCAGGAAAACUAUGAAGACAGUGGUGGUGAGAAGAAACCUCAGCAAUUGGAGCUGCCAAUCAAGGUGGAGGAGACCAAGACAGAGGCUGCAGAGGACGUCUAUCCCGACAGCUCUGAGGUCAAACAUGGAAAAUUCUUUUCCUACGCCGUUAAGUCAGAAGACUUGGUGACCAAAGCUGAGCAGUUAGACUAUCCUGUCAAACCAGAAACACUGGAUACCAAACCUGAAGAUCUCAGCCUUCCUAUGAAACCUGAGAGCUUGGACAGUAAACCUGAAGUCCUCCAGUUUGCAGCCUACUCACAGGGCGCCGAAAUCAAACCUGAAGCAAAACCAGUAGCUCUCAGAUUUUCUGCUUACCCAGAUGGGGCGAAGCUUAAGACGGAGACAAAGCCAGAGGGUUUGGAGUUCACAACGUACCCAGACAGCUCUGAGAUCAAACCUGAGGCCAAGCCAGAGGGCCUGGAGUUCAGAGCUUUACCCGAGAUCAAAGCUGAGACGAAGCAAGAGCUGUUGGAGGCGGACAGCACAGUCCUGACCCCGAAGCUGGAGCAGGUGGACGGGCUGGUCGACACCUCGGGAAGUCUGGUGAAAGGUCAAGUGAAGGAGGAGAGGCCAACUACACCAGGAGGCACAUUGCUGAGCUUACACCCGUCAUCCUCUUCCAUAGUGCCUGUGGUAGAGGGCUAUGUGGGCAGCCCAAGGUUCGCUGCUCCUAUUUCCAUGUGUGAGAUUCCCGACAGCCUCCACGACACCAGGGAGCCGACCAUCGCUCAGCUCUUACAGGAGAAAGCACUUUACUCGUUUUCUGAGUGGCCGAAGUUCAGCCCUUUGCUGUUGAAUCGCUCCCUGCAGGACCGGGUCAUCAUCAACCGCCUGGACAGCAUCUGCCACGCCAUCCUGAAGGGGAAGUGGCCUUCGUCCAGCGAGCAGUACGACUCACCCGGCUCCCUGGCUGCCAACUCCUGCCUGGCCAACAGUUUAGCCCAACACCAGCACCACCGAGCCGGCUUUCUCCCCACCACGGCCUCGAGUUCCGUCCCGAGCCAGGCCAGGGUUCAGCAGGCCAACCCUGGACUGGGGUUCUCCAUCCCUCCCCCUCUCACAAGACUACCUAAGUACAUGCAGCGGGGCGGGGCAUGCGGGCGCGGAGCUUGGCGCCUCACCUCCUUGCCUCUCUUACAGGAGAGGCUCGUGGCUCCUCCCUACCUCCCCGAGCUCAAACGAGCGGGAGGUCGGAGGUCUUUCGACUAUGAAGCUGCUGCUGCUGCAGCUGCUGCCAAGGUUUUAGCUGGGAAAUCAGCAUCGUCAUGCCACACGGCUACCACCACAAGCUCCAGUGGUACUACUCCUGUGGUGGCCCCGCCCUCACACCGUACAGGAGCCAUGUUGAUUAAUGGUUGGCAAGAAACUGCCAUUGAUCUAACCAAGUCGUCCGGAGAAAUAAGCACCACCAGUGGCAUUGGGACGGGAGAAGCUGUGGUUGCGCCGGGAAUCGGCCACCACGGCGCCGGUGCUGGCAGCAGUCACAAGCUGCCGCCACCCCCCAUCACAGCUCCGCUAACGGGCUCUGUGGGAAUCGACAUGGCCGGGAUACUGCAGGCCGGGCUCAUCCAUCCUGUAACGGGGCAAAUAGUUAACGGAAGCCUGAGGGGAGAUGACUCACUGAGGAGGAGGAGAGGGAGGAGGAGAAACGUGGAGGCACUGUACUCUGAGUUCACCAAGAGCAGAGGACUGCACCUCCCAGAGACACAGGGCCGGGUGGAGGUGAUCAGCCACUCCUCAGUCUCCUCCUCCACCUCCUCGCCGUCCCCCUCUCCUUCAGAGCGACCCGCCGGCCCCCCCACACCGUCCUCCUCUUCUACCCCAACCCCGACCCAGACACCUCCACAGCCAGAGAUCAUUGCCAUCGACAGAGAGGCAGCCAGCAAAGGCCUGAUCGAGUGGCUGAGGCAGAAUCCGGGCUACAGCAUGGAUCUCCCUGCGUUUGCUCAUUCUGGAGCAGGUCUGUUACAUGGUUUUGUUGAACGUCCCAAGCAGAGGAGGCAUCGCUGUAAAGACCCCACCAAGCUGGAUAUCAACUCCUUGACGGGGGAGGAGAGGGUUCCUGUUGUGCACCGUGGCACCGGACGCAGGCUUGGUGGUGCUAUGGCUCCGGCCAUAAAGGAACUUUCCAGGUGGCUGGAUGCUAACUCAGAGUACUAUGUAGCUCCAGAUUGGGCUGAUGUGGUCAAACACUCUGGGUUCCUUCCUGAGGGCAAGUUCUCUCGGAUCCUGACAGAACCAGUCAACAGAGACCCGGGCUCUCGGCGCCGUGGGCGGCGGCCUCGCAGCGAGAUGCCUAAGCCCCUCCUGUCUGUCUCCGAUUCUGCCUCAUCUGGCCUUGGCCCCCCACUCUUCAUGAACGGCGGAUUAAUCGGCAGCAUGGACUCCAUGGUGGCCAUGCAGAACCUCCGUGGUGGCAUUCCUGGAAUUCCCAUCUCCGGGAUCAUGGCGGCUGGAUUCCCACAUGGUUUCUCGGCCGCCGUCCAGGCGGGAGGAGCUGGAGCGUCGGCAGAAGAUGCCAAGAAUGGGUUGAGUAUGUUACCCAUGAUGCUGCACGGCAUCCCGCACCCCCAUGGGGCUGCGAUCCAGCAACACGCCUUGUUCAGCGUUGGCGCAAUGAUGGCGCACGCGGCGCCACCUCCUCACCCCAGCUCCUCCUCUUCUUCUUCAUUGUCUGCUGCAAAGGUCACCACAACAACCGCACCAUCUACAUCUGAGGCAGCCAGCCCUUCGUCGACAACGCCUGCUGAGAGAGAGAGUGCCGCCUCUUCCGGCUCUGCUGGAGGUGAAAAGGAAAGGAGCCGGGAGGAGAAAGGAGCCGCAGAAGCCUGCAAAAGACCAGGAGGGGCAGAGGCAGCGGCCAUCAUUACCUCCACCAGCAGGGCACAUCUUAGCUCUGCGCAUCUCGGGGCCGGCACCGGCAGCCAUCUUACCUUCAACCCCUUCCUGAUCCCGGGCAUGUCCCACGGCCUGCUGUACCCUCACAUGUUCUUGCCGCACGGUGGCAUCAUGGCGCUGCCUGCUAUGCCUCCUGGAGCAGUAGACGGCUCCCCAGGCAGCCCCAAGAGGAGGAGGAAGAGAGGGCGUGAUGAAGGGGAGAGAGAGGAGGAGAGGGAGAAAGCUGCAACGGGAAAGGUAGAAGAAAGAGAAAGUACAGUUCAGGCUAGUGUUACCCCCCAACCAGCCUCCUCCUCAUCCCCCUCCAUCCCCUCUACCUCGGCUCCAGACCCAGGCCUGUCUCUGACUGAAGAGCCUCAGACCGGACAGGGAGACGGAGAGGAUGGGCCUGCAGAGCCCCAGGAACCAGACUCCCAUAACCAUCUUGAGGGAGCAACAACAGAGGAGAAAGAGGAAAGAUUGGAGGACACAGGAGAAGAGGCAAUAGAAGAGGAGGAGAAGCAGGACACUGAGGAGCAGAGACAGGUGGAAGGAGAGGAAGCAUAAAGGAGGAGAAAACUGCAGAGAAAAGAGAGACAACCACUUCCUGCUCUCUCCUCCUUUCUCCUCCGGUGCUCUCUUUCUGGACUGAGCAACAGUGUAAAGUUUGUGCCGUGUCUGUCAGUCAAUGUCCAUGUAAAGACUUUUAUUAUGAUGAUGACUAAUAAUAACGAUGAUGAUUAUAUUCAACUUGGUUCUGUUUAUAUACCAAGACCCCACCCACCCUCCACUCCCUCCUUGUAUACAAAAAAAACUAGUGUAAGAAAGGAUCUUCUGUGUAUACUUCCCCUUCAUUCUGCAUCGAGACUGAGUCAGGAGGGACAUUCUCAACAGCAACACACACACACACACACACACACACACACACACUUACACACUGCAGGCCAGAUGCGCUAACCAAGGAGUGGCUUUGGCGGUAAUAUUGAUCCGGUUAUAAAAGUUGAAAAGCUGUUGCAAAGUUUUGGACUUGCAGCUUUGGUUUGGUGUGUUUGCACGAGGAAUGAUGAAGAGAGUUGUGGCACAGCUGUUCGAAUUUCUCACCACAGUUUGUGAAUUCAGAGAAGCUCAAGCGGAGGAGCACGUGUGUAUCUUAUGUUCAAGGUCGAAAACCGAGCCUGUUCACCUGAGCACUGUUUUUAUUUUGACUUCUGGCACUCUCCACUUAAUUGAGUCAUUUUUGGGGGGGAUUAUGUCUGUGCAAUGUUCAAAAACUUGCAGGCUAGAUUAACCUGAAAGUAUGUCUUGGUGACAAGAGUCUGAACCAGCAUUCCCAGAAACAUGUGACACUAAAACGCCUUUUCCUAGUCGAUACUGAGGGAAUACUGAUAACAUUAACCUGAGAUAAUAUGCAAGAGCUACUCUACCAAGCAGCAGCCCAGAUACAUUUCAGAGUGUAGCCCUUUUGAAACUCUCUAAGUCCUCUUAAUGCAACUCAAAGAAUAGAAGUGAAUUUAAGAAAGCUGCCAAGUCAGAAAAAAACAAAAAAGGCACAAUACAAGUGAAGUUAAUAAAUCCCAGGCAUGAAAGUUUUAUCUUAAUUGUAAGAUAGCAUUGUCUGCUAGCCCCCCACGUGUUAGAUUCCUUAUUCAUAUUUUUUUUUUUACUGUAACUUUAUUAUCAAUUCUAUGCCAUUGCUGCUAUAACUUCUUUUUAAAAGAAGUUCAGAGUUAAAAUGUAAUUUGCUCUUCACACUAGAGUAAUAAUCCAGAUACCAAGAACAGGAAAUGUUGAGUGCAACAGAUACUCUGAACAAGAAGAUCUUCUCAUUUGCUUUCAUUGAUAAAAGCAGAGAACAAUCAUGAGAUUCAUUUGUUUCAUUACUUUUUAGAUCAUGUAUCUUUCUUUUAAAACUCACACAUAGUCACUUUGAGAGAUUAUCCCUGCCAGGCCUAAUCACAAGAAAUGAAAGACAGGAGUUUCAAAGUUAAGAACUCAGUCAGGCCACCAGGGGGUGGUAGGAGGCAGAUUGUAUCCUGUCCUGGAAACACUGGGGUUGAGGGAUUGUGGGAGAAAAGAGGAGAAGAGGUGGGGUUUUAUUCUGCCCUUUGGUCCCAAAUGGAAUUAUCUUACAGCCAAUCAAUGAAGAUAAAAAAAAGGACUGCUGCAAAAUGGUUGCAAUCAUGACCUGUAGCAUCAUGUCUUUUUUAUUUUUUUGGCCAUACUGUCCUCUUCUCACGUUUUUAUUGGGUGGGAUUCUGUGUUCAGAAAGAUAUUAUCUGUGCGUUGUCAACAUCUGUCCAGUGAAAGGGAAUAGUCUGUUUUUUAGGAACAGAUAAAACAGGAAGAGGAGGGAUAUAAAGCGGUGUGAAUCGCUCGGGUUGAGUGCCUCGUCGUUGCUCUUCGUCUCGUUUCUUUUCCUCAGAUUAGUUUUAAUAGCAGUUCAUACUAAGAGUUUCUAAAUAUGUAAAUCUAUCGCUGUAUAUUGCUGUUUUAUGUUUUUUAAGUGCACCAUUUCUUUCUUUCACCUUUUCAUUUUUUUCUCCACUGGGAUAAAAAAAAUACUUGACAAAUGCGAUGGUUUUUUUUGCGUUGCGAUUAGUCCCAGUGUUUUCUUUAUCAAACAGACUGUACUGUACAUUAAAUGGAUGCAAGUCGCUGGUUUUAUUCAGUCUUUUCAGAACAGGGUCUGCAUUUUAGGGGUUUAUGUCAGAUGUUUCUGUUUAUGACGUUGGACUUCACUUUUGUUUUGUUUUCAUACAUGGAAACAUUAUUUUUGCACAGUGUCUUUUUGUGAACGUUAACCUGUUCCUGUACUGUCUUGUAUUUCCUUUAUGCGUGUGUGUGAGUGUGUGUGUGUGAUAAUGGGAGAGGGUGUCGGUGUGCAUGCAUGCGCACACGUUUUGUUGUGGAGCUGUGUUUCUUCUUCAGUCUCGUCCUUACAGGUCACAUUUCUUGUUGGGGGGGAAAAAAACAUAGUUGUUGCCUUGUCACAAGUUUGUGGCUACAUAUAAUUUAUUAUCCUUUUCUUUUGCUUUGCCAAACUCUCACCAAAUAUGACAUUCUUUCUUUCUUAGUUUCAUUAUGUAUUAUUCAAAGUAAAAUGCCUUAUUUAGCUAGUAUUUUUUUGUAUAGCUAUUCUGUUACAUCUCCAUAUAGGGACAUGUUAUCGUGUUUGUGUUCAGUUUGUCCUUUGCUUGUAUGCAUACACGGCCUUGGUGAUGUGCAUUAUCUUCAAAAGCCAACAGUAAUGCGAAGGUACCACUGUCCAAAUCACUACGUUAAUUCAAUCAGUCAUCCCUCAAAGCACAAAUGGAGAGUUAACAAAAAGUGACUGUUUUCUUACCAGUGCCUCUAAAAUUACUUUAAAUACUUUUUGUGGGCUCCACUCGCGCACGUGUUGACAUCACGUCUCUGUAGUGACAUCAUCUUUGGGGAAGUGAUUGACAUUUGAAAAUGUAAGUCUUUGUGGAAUUUCACCAUUUGCAGAUGAUGCCAUGCUGUUCAGUAAAGGGAAAUUCUGGAUUUGUUGGGGUUUUAUUUUAUACAUUUGUCCAUCAUGACCAUUACUCAUGAUAAAGUUUUACUCACCAACUCCUUUAGUAGAGAUUUGGAAAACUCCAGUAAGGUGGCAGUCAGAGUAAAGAGCGUGAGCCUUGUACAACGUUGGAAAAAAUUGACAUUUGUAACCGAAACAAAUCCUUGAAUUCGUCUUUCAGGCUUCAAUUGAAGUUUCUUGCAGAUCGAGCAAGUAUUUGUGGAUAUUGCGGCAAAUUUGACCUUCCAUACUGAUACAUGUUUGUUAAGCUUUGGCUUAGUUUGCUUUGGAUUUAGCAUGCCUGUUUGAGAAGUAGCAACCAAGAUACAGUUGUGCUUGUUGUGUAAAGCUUAGACCUUGGGGUGCGUUUGAUUUAAAUCAAUUUGUGAUUGUCUGACUGGUAAAUGAUCUCAAGUUGAUCAACCCUUGCAAGUACAUAGCCUGAUCAGCAACAUUCUUACCAUUGUUCAGUUUGUCAGAUCUCUACAGAGGCGUUGAGUAAAAUGUUAAUGGAAUAAGACGAAGUUUGUGAAAUACCAGAGUCUCCCUUUAAGAAUGGCUAUUCAAUCCCAGGGCAUUCUCUUACUGCAGAGGCCGUCUGUUUGGUAUCUAGCACAUCUAGGAUGAUAAUUCACGCACACAGUAUGUAUCCAGCUCAAGUAUUUGAUUGUUCGUGUGUGUUUGUUGAGAUUCCUGGAAAAAAAAAAAAAAGCAGUAAAUCAGAAGUGGAAGCCAGUUGUUCUGUACCACAAUUAAAUAAUCUGAAAAACAAAUGUUUAACUCUACAGCCCAUGUAUACACAUCACUUCCUGUGACUGGCUUGUUCUUGUGUAAAAACUUGAAACAAACUCGUAGGUGCAGUAUGUGGCAACAGUUCAAGGCGAUGGCUCUGUAUUGUCUGUUCAUGUCACACCAUGCCUUCUUUAACAGUGUUCUUUCUUUUCAUUGAAGUCCUUUUGGUUAACUUAAAUGUUCUUCAGAACGGUCACCUCAAAAUGUUGUAAACGUUUAUCUCUUAUCAUAAAUAAUGUAUUUAUUGUAUAGUUCUUGUCUUUACAUCAUUGUCUCAUGACUGAUUAAUGGCUGGUUUUGUUACUCUUGAACGUGACUCCUGAAAGACAAAAGCGUUUUGGUUCACAUGGAUGUUAAACUAUCUGCUUUUCUUUGUAGCCCUUGUCACCUGCUAAUCUGCUUUUUAGACGUAAUUAGAUGGUAAAGAGUCCCCAGUUUACCUCUUUUUUUAUUUUCUCAACAGAGCUACAUGUGCCAUACAAUAAAAAUCCAAUUAAAGUGGGAUUAUUGGGCUAAGACAAUUCAAUAGGACCCAGGUUGCAGCUAACAGUUGAUCCAAAUUUAUAAAAUGGACAUUUGUGUAUUUGUUGGCUACAGUUUAGGAGAAGAUGACUGAAAACUUGUAGUUUCUGGAGCAGACGUGCCAGUUAAUGUGCCCUGCUUCAGAAACCACACACCAGAACAAAACUUUUUUUUUUUUUUUACUCCUUUUGUUUCCUUGAAAUCAGAAAUACUGGAUUGUAAGUCCAGGUCCAGUUGCAGAAUCAAAGGACAGAUGCUGGAGUUCUAAAAUAAUAAUGCCUGAGAAAUGUUAAUUACCAUCUCGUCACCGGCUGUUGGCCUGAUUCGUUCAAGUAAGCACGUGACCAAACCUUCACAUGCUGGUUCUGCUGUUUGACGUGCACAUGAGAGACCCGGUUUGGACCGCCUGCAUCACCACCAUCACUCUGUUCCUAGCUGCGUUACGGCCUUUGGUUUGAGGACCCUGGCCUUCAUUUAUUCAGAGGAUCAACGUUCAGGCCUCCUAGUUAGAAAAUAUCCGCCCUGCUGAAGUGUCCUUAAGCAAGACACUGAACCCCUGCCAGCUGAUUUGUAGCUGACCCUGACCUUUGACCUCCCUGUAGAACGAGGCCAGAUCCGGUUAUGUAAUAGGAUAAAGAACACACAUCCAGAGGUUCCGAUUCUGAACACAGUGGAAAAUACGAUUAACAGCUUAAAAUCUCAUGUUCCAUUUAAAAAAAAAAAAUUAAAAAUAAAAUAUCAAAACCUAUUUUGCCUUGUGAAAAAGAAUUUUACAAAAAAAGAGAAAAUCCUUUGUGUCAGUACAUGGUUUAAUUCCUUUCAGGCUGGUUUCACAGACACUGAAAUUGUCUUGGCAGAAGAGGUGAAUAUAUAAUAAGAAUUACAGCUCCCCUAUGUAAUCUUUAGAUAUGCAGUUUAAGACUCCCCCUGCAACUUGUGCAUUCUUGUAAUUCCCAUUUACAGUAAGCUUACAUCCAUUUCUCUUGAGUUAGCCAAUUGGACCCGUUUAUUUUCAAGAGACAUGCUGAAAUCUCAACACUUGGUCAGUAGAGAACAGCAGCAAGAUACAACUUAAAAUAAUUACAGUUAAUUAAAAAGACAUUUUUUGACCAACUGUGAAAGCGAGCUGGAAAAGUAACCUCCUUCAAAUUCAUGUCUGUGAAACCACCCGGCUCAGUAUUACACAGACAGGGCAGGUUAAAUAAUAUCUGUUCACAGCUCCUGUAUUAGAAUCAACCAAGCGUAAAAAUAAUCCAAGAGGAUUUUCUUCUAAAAAGUGGAGAAAAGACCAUCACUGGCUGCUCCUGUAGUCAGAAACCUGGUCAUUGCUAACUAAGUUAAGUGGUGGGGUUUUUAAUCUUUUUCCUUUCUUUUUGUUUCUUAUUUGUAACUAUAGCUCUCUGUAUUCCCAUGUGGACCAAUCUCAUGAGUCAAAACAUGGUAUGUGUGAUCUUUUAUUGUGCAAUAAAAGAUGACUUUCAACUUUC